UCAAAAAUCAAAAUCACAAUUUAAAUUAAUUGGUUCAUAUACUUCGAGUAACUUAGUGUCUUAAUUUAUUCAAGAAGUGGCGAUUUUGUGUUGUAAUAUCAGUCAUGUUUCGUAGAUGUAGUUCAGAUGAUUCAGAACUGUCAGAUUCCGUUAUUAAUUCUAAAUCAGCGAUUCGCGUGAGCGUAUGCCUGCAACGAUAUUUUAAGGAUGUUCGUUCUCGAUGUUACAUACUUGUUAUAAGGAAUCGACGGGUGCGUUGGUUAGAAAAGCGUUUAAAAAAAAUGUUUUCGCUACCUGAUAAUUUUUGUCUUUGUGCCAAUGGACACUUGUUGCCCUCAACCGAACCACUUGCGUUACUACGUCCCGAAGACUCUAUAGAAGUAAUUCCUCUUCUUGAAGUAAGCAUGGAAAUGGUAUAUAAACAAAAUACUUUAACUUUGAAUGUAAAUAAUCAAUUGGAAAAGCAAGUUCAAAAUGAGGAAAAAAUUAGCAAUUCACUCCACCCUGUGGUACACCACAACUGUGGUAUUGAUCACUUUGCAUCCAUCUCUAACCACAUUCAGACAAUAUCAGAAGAAGUUAAUGACAAUAGAACAUUGAAAACAUCAAAUGCAGGUGCAGAUACUUCUAAAUUCGACAGUAAUGAUGAUAUAGAUGGUACCAGAGCAUUGAACAAUGCACAAGAUUUGGUUAAUACUGCUUCGCCGAUAAAUAACAUUACCAGUUUCACUGGAGAAAAUAAAAGAAAUUAUGAUACAAAAGACACAAUGAUUAAUUUUUACCAACUUAAGCGGCGUGCCCUGGCUUUGUUAGAUGCACAUCAGAGUGUCCGCGACGUUGUCGAGGCAACAGAAGAAGAACCGCCGCUGAGACGCGUUCGUCGACGCGUUCGGCGCCGCGCGCGUCGCAACCCACAGCCAGAGCAGGAGACCGUACCGGGCUCGGUACCUGUACGAGAAAUGGAGCUAGAGCCAGAGCCAGAGCGGCAACUGGAAGCAGAUCUAGAGUCGCAAUCAUCCACCACCGUCGAUUCGCUUUCCGGAUAUGAGCAACCCGCAGAAAUGGAGCCGGGCGUGACGCCAAUGGCUGAGACCCGCUCAGCCUCCCCCCGCGCGGAGCCGGUGGCGCGCAACGACGCGGCGCGUUCGCGGCCGCCCCGUGUCGUGCGUCCUCUCGGUGUUGACAAUUAAUCUAAAUCACUUUGACCUUUGUGGUAGCCACAGUAGUUUUUAAGACUUAAUUAAUUCUCAUAUGAUGAGACUGCUUGAAUGUAACAAAAUUGUUGAUUUUAUAAUGUAGAUUACUACCUAAAUCUAUACAUGUAAUAAAAAUGUAACUUAUUUAUUAUAUAUUGCUGUCUGUACAAUGAAGAUAUAUGUGUUAUUAUCAGGGGUUUUCAUUAACGCUAUAGAGCCCAAAACAAUGAUUGUUAGAAUUUUGUCUGUUUGUCAUUGUGUUUGGGCAUGCUAAUCUUAGAAACGGCUUAACUGAUUUGGGUGCAGUUUUCACUAAUGUGUUGUGGCAAGCUUUACUUAAAAUUUAGUGUUUGUUUUAUUUCAAUCGGUUUAUAAAAAAAGGUUAUGUCAAUUUAAAGAAUCACGUCGAACAUUUAUUCCAUAAAAAUGCUGUAUAAUAACUGUUCAGUUGAAUUGUCGGAAUCUUUAGCUACCUGUAAAUGAUAGUCUGUAAAAUUAAAGUUUAUAUAGGAACAAAACGAAGUUAAAAAAUGGUCAAUUUCAGAGAUUCAGAUCUUUCCAAUGUAAGUUGAGCUCAGAUAUAAAUGAUCAAUCAUAUUAAAUACGGUUCAGCUUAUGCUGGACGACGUUUAAACGCACCUACGCGUAUAUGUUACGGGCGCCGAUUAAUAAUAAUAAUAGUAAUAAUAUAAUAAUAAUCUUUAUUCACAUACAAAGUUACAAAGCAUAAUGAAGUCCCUGAUUUCUGAGCUAGGCUCAAAGACCUGUCUUACAGAAAUCAGUGUUCUCUCACAUAUUUUUAAGUGUAAAAUCGUUCUAUGUAAAUAAAAAUAAGUGACUAAUAAUUAUUUCAUACUGUAUAUUAGAGUGGAGUGUGUAGGUAUGUGUGUGUUUUCAUGUGUGUAUGUGUGUGUUUGUGUGUGUAUGUGUGUAUAUGUGUAAUUUGUUUCACAAAGUAUUAUAGCAACAACAGUUCAGUUUGUUCAUAAUCUAGUCCUAGUAGCCAGUUUUUAAUAAUUACUUUAGCUUCACGAUUACAUAAGGGAUGUAUAUUUUUUAUUUUAUUUAUUUUGUUAUACAAAUAAACUGCUUUAAAAUCAUGUCGUUUGGCUGAAGCUGUUCGACAUAUAACAGUUGGACAUACGUUUUUAGUGACACGUUGCUUACUGUAUUCGUCGGCAUGAUAGGGGGUGAUUCUAUGUUGUUGGAUAACUAAUUGAUAGACGUAUAGUUGCCUAACCGUUAGGAGUUGACAUUUUUCAUACAACUUAGUUGUAGAAAAUCUGUGUGGGCUAGAUGUCAUGACUUUUAAGAUAGAUCUAUGCUCUCUUUCCAAGUCUA